CCCGACGUCCAGGCGACGUGCUUGCGUCAUCGCCGCCGGCGCUGCUUCCUGUUGUCAGGGGCCGGGAGGCCGCCGCCGCGUCGGGAGCGAAGCUGAGGCGCUGCCGCGGCCCUGAGCGCCCCUCACCGCUCCCGGCUCGCUGUGGUGCCAGAUCAUUGACUUUUGACCAUUUGGGACACUCCUGAACCCAAGGAACAGACCUCAGAGCAGCACACACAUUUACCCCAUGCGUGCAAACUUUGCCAUGCUUCCCCAGCUGCAGAACAUGAUUCAUCAGGUGGCACCACCGCUGCAUGGCUGAGUCGUCAGUCUAUUGUUCCCCACGGCCCAGUACAGGACUGGGUUCAGGCCCCAGAGCGCUGGCCAGCAGGGAUGGCUGAGAAGUCUCUCAGGAGCAGAGAUUGCUGUUUUCUCCUGGACGAAGUGUUUUGAAAGUAGGGAAGCCAGCUCAUGCGUUUCUUCUUUCAAUGUGUCAUGUGAUCCUUGGAGAGCUGCAGCCAGGGUGGAGAUGCUCUCGGUGGUGGAGAAUGGACUGGACCCCCGGGCGGCCAUCCCGGUCAUCAAGAAGAAGCUUGUGGGCUCCGUGAAGGCCUUGCAGAAGCAGUAUGUGUCCACGGACACAGUGGUGACGAGUGAGGAUGCCGACGCCAACACCGUGUGCAGUGCCCUGGAGGCCGUGUUCAUCCAUGGUCUGCACACCAAGCACAUCCGCGCCGAGGCUGGAGGCAAAAGGAAGAAGCAUGCCCAGCAGAAGCCCUUGCCACAGCCUACCUUCUGGCCCCUCCUGAAAGCCGUCACACACAAACACACCAUCUCUGAACUGGAGCACCUGAUCUUCGUGAGCACAGACGUGGGCCGUUGCCGGGCCUGGCUGCGCCUAGCCCUCAAUGAUGGUCUGAUGGAGUGCUACCUGAAGCUGCUUCUCCAGGAGCAGGCCCGGCUGUGCGAGUACUACCAGCCCACUGCCCUGCUUCGAGAUGCCGAGGAGGGCGAGUUCCUCCUGAGCCUGCUGCAGGGACUCACAUCCUUGUCCUUCGACCUCUCCUACAAGUCCGCCAUCUUGAAUGAGUGGACGCUCACCCCGCUGGCCCUCUCCGGGCUUUGUUCAUUCCCUGAGCUCGACCUUCUCACUACCUCAGGUACUGAGCUGCAGCGGAAGGAGUCUCUGGACUCCAUCUCCCACUCCUCAGGCUCUGAGGACAUUGAAGUCCAUCACUCGGGCCAUAAGAUCCGCCGGGACCGGAAGCUUACCGAUUCCUUCCUCAGCCUGGACACAGCCAGUUCAUCCCAGCUCUCUUGCAGCCUAAACUCUGACAGUUGCCUCCUCCAGGAGAAUGGCUCCAAGAGUCCUGAUUGCUCUGAAGAGCCCAUGUCCUGUGACUCAGACCUGGGGACAGCGAAUGUGGAGGAUUCAGACCCAUCUCUGCAAGAGGUGUUGUCAGAAUUCAGCAAAGCCCAGGUGGACUCUGUGCCAACCCACCAACUAAACCAGGAAGCAGCAAGCCCUGUACCGCCCAGCCUGCACUCCAGCACUUGCCUGCACCCCGCCACAUCGGUUCAGCCCUUGCCUGCCCCAGUCUUCUCCUGCGUUACUCCAGACACUGGCUCCCCAGACUUGCCACCAUCUGGAACUGCCCCUGUGGUCCCUGCAGGGAGCAGUCCACACCAGCAGCCUUCGAGUCCAGCGGGUGAGCUGACCAGCGCAGCCUGCCAGGGGAGCAGCCAGCCAGAGCCCCAGGAAGAUGGUGCUGGAUUGAGCAUCCUGGUUCCCUCACCUACAAGCCCAAAAAGCAAGAGCUGGAUCUCGGAAGAUGACUUCUACCGGCCUCCCCUGGAGCAGCCUGCAGAGAGUCCCCCCGACCACCCCACACCUGCCUCCCAAGGGACCCUUGAGGCAGAUCCUGGCCUCCCCCAGCCCAUCUCACAAGAACCCGGGAAUCGUUCCUUGCAGGGGACCCUGGAUGGCAUCUGCAUGUCCGCUCCAGGCAACCGGGAGAGCAAGGCUGUGGCUCCGGAGCAUAGGAACUUCCGCGUGGUGCACCGCCGACAGAUGGGACUGUCCAACCCAUUCCGGGGUCUCAUGAAGCUGGGUGCAGUGGAGCGGCGGGGCCCAGUGGGCAUGUGGAAAGAACUCUUCUGCGAGCUAUCACCGCUAGAGCUCCGCCUGUUUGCCAACCACGAGGAGCGCAUGUGCAUGGAGAGCUUUUCCCUGCUGCGCUGCGAGGCCAUGGGGCCAGCCCUCAGCGAUGGCCGCUUUGAGCUGGUCUUCUCGGGCAAGAAGCUGACGCUGCGGGCCUCCUCCCAAGAUGAAGCCGAGGACUGGCUGGACCGGGUGCGGGAGGCGCUGCAGAAGUGCCGGCCCCAGCAGGAGGACGACUGGGUGACCAUCCAGUCCUCCGACCUGCCUGAUGACGCCCCAGAGGCACCCCUGGCUGGUACCCCCUCUCACUCAGACCUGCCCCUGGAGCCCGAGGGGCCGCAGCUGGAUUGGUCCUCCACACACCUCCCCGAGCCCGACGCCAUCCAGGAGUCCCUUCUCUACCUGUACACGGACAAGGCCUGGACACCCUACGUCUUCUCCCUGUCUUUGGAGUCCCUCAAGUGCUUCCGCCUGCGGAACAACGAGAAGCUGCUGAGCGACAGCCACGGCGUGGAGACGAUCCGUGACAUCUUGCCGGACACCAGCCUCGGCGGCCCAACCUUCUUCAAGAUCAUCACAGCCAAGGCCAUCCUGAAGCUGCAGGCCGGCACUGCUGAGGAGGCCGCCCUGUGGCGGGCCCUGGUGCGCAAGGUCCUGGCAUCCUACCUGGAGACGGCAGAGGAAGCGGUGACCCUGGGCGGCAGUCUGGACGGGAGUUGUCAGGAGGUGCUCAGGGUAGCCACACGGGAGAACGGUUUCCUGCUGCAGUACCUGGUGGCCAUCCCCACGGAGAAGGGCCUCGACGCCCAGGGCUGCUUCUGCGCAGGCUGCUCCCGCCAGAUCGGCUUCUCCUUCGUACGACCCAAGCUCUGUGCCUUCUCUGGCCUCUAUUACUGUGACAUCUGCCACCAAGAUGAUGCCUCAGUGAUUCCGGCCAGGAUCAUCCACAACUGGGACCUCAGCAAGCGCCCAAUCUGCCGCCAGGCCCUGAGGUUCUUGACGAAGAUCCGGGCCCAGCCCCUCAUCAACCUGCAGCUGGUGAACGCGUCUUUGUAUGAGCACGUGGAGCGGAUGCAGCUCAUCUCAAGGAGCCGGGAGCAGCUGAAGCUUCUGGGGGACUACCUAGGCCUGUGCCGGAGCGGAGCCCUGAGGGAGCUAAGCAAGAGGCUCAGCCACAGGAACUACCUCUUGGAGUCUCCACACAAGUACAGCGUUGCUGACCUCCAGCAGAUUGCCGACGGUACCUACGAGAGCUUCCUCAAGGCCCUCAUCGAGUUCGCCUCCCAGCACGUGCACCACUGUGACCUGUGCACGCAGCGCGGCUUCAUCUGCCAGCUGUGCCGUGGCCUCGACAUCAUCUUCCCCUUCGAAUUCGACAGCACAGUCAGGUGUGGCGAAUGCAAGACCGUCUUCCACCAGAGCUGCCAGGCCACGGUGGGCAAGGAUUGCCCCCGCUGUGCCCGCCGACGCAAGUACCAGGAGCAGAACUUGCUCACCUGACUCCAGAUUGCCUCCUCGCCCAGGAAGGCUCAGAUGCGAUCAGCUCGCCCGCCGGAGGGAGCCUCAGGAGUCCUCGAUGAGGCCUCUGCUCCCCACCUUCCUCCGGGAGGUCAUGGGGUCUUUGCACUAACAGGUCCUGAGGCCCUCAUGGGGCUUUUGGGACCCCAGAAACAGACUCCGGGCUUUUGCAAUUCCACAUUCCUGAUUAAAAGGGUCUAGUUUUUUAAGGUGGGGUUUUUUUUCCCUUCAUAUUUCAACAGAAGAUUAUUUUUUUAUUCUUGACCCAACACAAGUCAUCCAAGAAAUCCAGGCAUUCUUGCCCCAAGCAAACCUGAGGGACAGCUCAGCCUGGACUGGGGGCCAGGGGACCCUGGGCCUGCACCUCAGCUGCCCUGUGCCUUUGCCUUUGCUGCUCCAGUUGAUGUGCCAAGCACUUUGGGCACCUCCUAUCCCCCACCCCUCACACAGAGCCCCCUGCUCUGGGGCCUGGGCCGCGGCCCCCUGGGGGAGGCACCCUUGCACUAUCGGCACUUUGAUCCUGCCUUGUCCUGGGAAGGGCCCCCACCCAGGCCCCAGCCCCCUGGCCCUGUGCAAGGCAGUAAGCCCAGACAGUCCCCCAACUAGAGUGGUGACACCCCCACCCCCAGCUCCCACAGAGAUGGCAGGAACAGGGCUGCACACACACUGCCCCAGUGUGCAAAGCCACAAGUGCUCAGAGCCACCCCCACUGUCCCCACAGGGUUGCUGAGGGCACCACUGCCUCCUCACUGGGUCCCAGAGCUGGAAAGAGCUGCCGAGCCCUGGGGUGGGUGUGAUUUGCUCUGCUGCCUCCCACCCCCUCUCUGGACCUCUCAGCCAGGGGUCUUCUGGCAUACUUCAUCCUCUCCCUUGGGUUGGGGGGUGGCAGACCUCUGAGUCCUCUUGGACUGAAGAACCUGCUCUUCCUUGCCUCAGGGUGACGGGGUUGCUGAGUCACCUGCCCAGCCCUGUGCAGUUGGGGACAUUGUGCAAUAGAAAGAGAAGGUAGGCAGCCCAGGGAGAGGGUGCCAGGCAGUCUUCGGCCCCAUUAUGGAAGAGGGUGCACCCCUGGGUGCACCCACAGCUGCUCAGCUGAAAGGGGGAUCCUUAUGGCCCUCCGCCCGUGUCCCCUAGAGCCAGCAUUAAUGCUCCACCACAGAUCCCACGGAAUCUCUGCAGAAUCACCCGCAUCUUUGAGCGGGCAGGAGCCGGGCCUGAGGCCAGUGCCCCCUGGGCCUGGCCAUGUCCUGGCUUGUAAGUACCUUCUUAUUCCUGAAGGUUCUCUCAGAGGCAGCAGGAGUGAGGCCCGAGGGGAGCUCACUUCUGUAGGGGUGGGGUCCCACCUUCCUAGUGACCCCCCUUCCCAGAAGAGCCACUGUAAGCUUGGGAACCUCCAUUAUACCCACCCUUAUUUUAAGUGUCAUUUUAUGCAAUAACUGGUUUCCAGUGGGGAGCCCCUACCCUGAGAAGUGCUUGGCAAGAGCCUAGGAAGGGCUGCUGCUC